CCACCGCCAGCAAAUCAAUACUUUAAGGGGCUGCCAUUCCGUUCCAUUCCGCCUGCUCUCUUUCGUUAGUUUUUCUUGCCCAUUCGUUGGCGUUGUCUCUGCUCCCACUCUCUCCCCUUUCCCUCCCACUCUCUUGUCCGCCAACUGAGAGAGAGAGCAGAGAGGCGACCAGACCACCGCCCCCGCUUCCGCCCGCGGCGGCCCAACGCAAAAUAAACUCUUGUGUGCGUGCUUUGUAACGAGUACAAUUUUCUGCACAUACAAAAAAGAAAGACCGAAUAAAGAAAUUCACAUAAAUUUAUGGUACAAUUGUCGCCCUCUUCCUCACCCACUCUCUUUUUAUUUUCACCGUCUGUGUCGCCGUCUCUUUUGCGAGUGCGUGUGCGAAUGUGUGUGUUAAAUUUUAAAAAACAGUUGUUUUCACGGAAAGGGAACUUUCGUAGCGUUGCGUUGCGCUGCUCGCGCCUCUGUAUUUUUAGACGGCAAGCUCCUUUCGGAAAUUAUUUAUAACCCCCCUCGAAAUGUUUCCACGCAACAAUUUACGCGAUAAACUUUUACAAACUAUUCAAAGUAUAUGCACAAAACCCACUUAUUUUCGUCUGUAAGUUCCGCCUGAGAAUCAACUUUUCCCACUUACAUACUACGUAUUUGCUUACGUACAUACUUGUGAAUGUAUUUAUGAAAUAUUACUGUGCGUAGGUCGGCCGGAGGGCGUGUGUGCGGCGGCCCACAAUUUCCACAGACACAGCCACACACAUUUUCCUUGCGGAAAAGCAUUAAAAAUGCAGGCCCCUUCGGAAUCGGGGGCGUGGCACCUCUCCCCAAUUAAUGUGCGAUCAAUAAAAGCACUUACAUAUUCCCAACACUCUGCCAAAAACUCUUUUAACCUCUCUGCCCCCAUUUUCAUCCUUUCCGACAAAAUCUGGGAAAAGUUCUUCAAUGACAAAGGAAACGAAGUUAGGUUAGCUGCUAAAAUUUUCGUGUUGUUUGUAUUAAUUAUAAGUGUGAGGUAUUAAUUAGGACUGAAUAAGGUUGACAAAUUCCCAAAAAGUUUGCUGUGAUGCUGUUUCUUAGUUCCAUAAAUGAAAAAAAUUAACCUUAAUUCUUAUACAUUAACUUAAAAGUGAAUAGAAACGUGAAUCACAACAAUUUCAUUGUCAUUACCACAUCGAAAGUACUGAAAGUCGAUUAAAAAAGAUAGUGAAUCAUUAAUAAGAAGUAAUACUUGGAAAAAUACUGUCAAACUUAUUUACCUGGAAUCGAAAUAAGCUGUGAUUAAGAUAUAUAAACUUUUAUUGUCAUUUAUUACUAUUAUUUAUGUCAUAAACAUUUCGAAACCUAAUUAUAAUAUUUGUAUACUUGAAGACGAAAAAAAAAAAACACUAGAAUCGGACUUAAUAUCCAAAAAUUAUUAUUAAGUUGUGCAAACUAAAGAACAUGGGUGAAUUUGCGGAAAAUUUAGAACGGAUUGCCCUGGAUCUUAUAAAAAACAUGGUGCGUGGCGACGCAACUUUAAGGGUUCCCCAGAACCCGGCUUCAGUCGUCGCAACCAGACCAUUUCGACGAGUUUCCUAUAACAAUCGCAGAAGCCGGCACAGCUUCUGCCUACUGGUUUACAUGCUGGCCAAGACGCAUCGAUUGCAGGUGCACGGAGGCAGCUACACCGUCCGCGGACUCUACUAUGGCGAUCCGCAGCUCUUUCGCUCGCAGUCUAGGAUUGCAUCAGCUCGCCUGGAUGUCUGUCGCAUGCUGGGUACUUCCCCGCUGCAGCUUGGUGUACUGGCCGCCUCCAAAGGUUUAAUGGCAGGCAAUAUCCGGCUGCUGAUGGUCAAUGGGGAUGUUCUGGACUGCAGCUCAUACGGUGGCGCCAUGACGCUGCCCACGGAUCCCGAGAAGGUGGACAGCAUAGAAACGCAGGCGGAUCUUGUGGUCAUCGUCGAGAAGGAGUCGGUUUUCGAGAGUCUUGUAUCCGGGAAUAUAUUUUCAACUUUUGGACGUAGCUUGAUCCUCAUAACGGGCAAGGGAUACCCUGAUUGCUGCACCCGGAGGAUUGUCUAUAGACUGGCGCAUGAGAAUCGCCUGCCCGCGUAUAUUCUAGUGGAUGCCGAUCCCUUUGGCAUCGAGAUAAUGCAUACCUAUCGUCACGGCUCCAAGGCCAUGAGCUUUUCCAGCCAUGGACUUGCCACACCUUCGUUGCGUUGGAUUGGGCUCCACCCCUCCGAGAUUCCCGUGCUCGGCCGCCAAGCGGUUGCCUUGGGCACCGGCGACAACAAAAAAAUCAAUGACCUUCUCGCUCGCAGCGAUUUGGAGCCGGGAGUGCGCCAGGAGCUGCGCAUAAUGCAGGAGGUUCAGCUGAAGGCCGAAAUUGAGAGUGUCAUCGACUUCCUGGCCGACGACUACAUACCGAACAAAAUCAAUCGCAAAUUAUAUUUGUAAAAGUCAGAGGGAUUCCCCUUUUGACAAAGCGAUAACUCAAUAGUUCAUUACUCUUAAGUUGAAAGUGAACAAUCUAUAGAAAUUUGAUAAGAAUAUGUUGUUAAUGGUAAGGAGGGCCUCCA